CAUGGGGAGCCCGCGGUGGGUGGGACUGGCCGGACCACUCCUCCCCAUAGAGGCGGGCCAUCUGACAAUGUCCUCAUCCUUCGCCUGGAGUUCAGCGGGGACUUCACUGUGAGCAAGCAGGAAAUUGACUGCCUCUUCACUUUCGGUUUUUGCGACAGUCGAGAUCCGCCGGGGAGGAAGCGACGCAGUUUUCUGCUCUACCUUGUCUUGGAGACAGUGCGUCCGAAUCACGGCGUGAGGAUGGUCUACCCUUCUCUCCCGGUCUCUUUGCUGCUCCUGACUGCGGUCGUCGGCUCCGGAGGCGCAGGUGAACAAGUGGCCGUAGCCGUGGAUGUCCCGAGCAGAGCGUCAGGUACCGUUGGAAGCUCGGCGGUUUUGCCCUGCACUUUCAAGUCCUCCUACGCUGAGUACACGACUGUCGAGAUUGUCGUCAUCUGGAAGGUGAAAGUGUUUUACAGAGGGCCAGUUUUGUUCAACGUGACCAACAGAAGCAAGGGCGGCAAGGAGUUUGAAAACACAGUUUACACAAACAUCAAUGGCCGGUACAGACUGGCCGGGGACCCAAGGCAGGGGGAUGCCUCUCUGGAGUUGGAGAACGCUACGCUGAAUGACAACGAUCAGUACUUCUGCCGUGUGGAAAUCAAACGGCAGGGGCUUUCCACCUUCAUGGCCGAGACCAACCCUGGGAUCACCCUGGAAGUUCUGGGCGUGCCCGUCAUCCUCCGCGUAUCUGUUAACGUCAUUAAUGCCACACAUUCUACUGUAGAGUGUCUGGCAGAGGGACAACCCUCCCCAGACAUCAUAUGGAUCGAUCCCCACAACAAGAGGCUUCCUGUGAACAGCAGUGACACUCCAGUAACAUUGGGACCGGGCGAGUAUCAGACCCUGGGAGAACUACAUCAUCCAAAGCUCGGAGGGAACUACACCUGCUUGGUGGUAAAUGACCAAGGAAAUGCCACCCAGUCCGUCCAUCUGCCCAAAACAGGGCAGAGCCGACACCAGCUCAUUUACAUCAUUGGAAUUCUGGUUGGAAGUUUCGUUCUGGUAAUGCUGAUCGCUAUCAUCUUACUGAUCCGGAGGAGGAAGAGCGGAAAAGUAGAGUUUAACUCAGCAAGCAAAAGAGCCCAGCGGAAUUCAGUGCAAUAUUUGAAAGUUAACGGGCAAGAGCAGCAAACGUCAGCAGCGGAGCCCCUGACGCAAGUGAACGCGCACGGAGUGGACGCGCCUGAAGUGAACGCCUCCUUUACAACUGUGCCCCUGACGCCUGAGGUGAACGCGCAUGAAGUGGAUGCGCCUAAAGUGAACGGCUCCCUUACAACGGAGCUCCUGAUGCCUGAAGUGGACGCGCACGGAGUGGACGCGCCUGAAGUGAAGGGCUCCCUUACAGUGGAGCCCCUGACGCCUGAAGUGGACGCGCCUGAAGUGAACGGCUCCCUUACAGCGGAGCCCCUGACGCCCGAAGUGAACACGCAUGAAGUGGACGCGCAUGGAGUGAACGCGCCUGAAGUGAACAGCUCCCUUACAGUGGAGCCCCUGACGCAUGAAGUGAACGCGCACGGAGUGGACGCGCACAGAGUGGACGCGCACGGAGUGAACGCACCUGAAGCGAACGGCUCCCUUACAGUGGAGACCCUGAUGCCUGAAGUGGACGCGCACGGAGUGGACGUGCCUGAAGCGAACGGCUCCCUUACAGUGGAAACCCUGACGCCUGAAGUGAACACGCAUGAAGUGAACGCGCACGGAGUGGACGCGCACGGAGUGGACGCGCCUGAAGCGAACGGCUCCCUUACAGCGGAGCUCCGCACGCCGGAACAGGACACAGAAGGGAGCGAUAAAUGAAUGGCGGCUGUAACCGUGAGUUAAACUGCAGAGAGACUCACCGUUGGGGACCCGUUUCCGCCCAACUCAAUGCACUUUCAGGGUAAACGGUUGUGUGUGUGUGUGAGAGAGAGAGAGAGUGAGUGUGUCUGUGUUUAUGUCAGUGAGUGUGUCUGUUAACGAGAAGCAUGUCUGUUAGUGUGUGCCAGUGAGGGCUGUGUCUGUGUGCUUCCCAGUGUGUACCUCAGUGAAUGUGUAUGAGUACAUUAACGUGCCUAUGUUUGUGUAAGCGAUGUGUGCCUGUGUAGGUGCAUGUCAGUGAGCGUAUUUAUCAGUGUGUCAGUAUAUGUGUCUGUAUAGGUGAGUGUGUGUGUCUGUGAGUAUGCCAGUAAGCUAUUUACCAGUGUGUAUUGGUGUGUGUGUGUGUACCAGUGAGCUGUUUACCAGUGUGUCUGUGUCCGUGUGUGUCUGUGUGUAUAUCGGUGAGCUGUUUACCUGUGAGUGUGUCUGUGUGUGUAUACCAGUGAGCUGUUUGCCAGUGUGUGCUUCAGUGAGCGUGUGUAAGUACGUGCCAAGGAUAAACUGCUGCUUUUAAGAUCCUCGGGAUGAGCGGACACGGGAACCGUGGAGCGAUGAAGCAGUCUCCCACCGGACGUGGACUCUACCCCAGUGGGACCCCAUGUCCCGCUCAGCCGCCUGGUUCCAGAGUUGGGUGGACAAGUAGCAAACCUCUGGGCCCAGCGGAUACUGCAGCUGAGCCGGGCCGUGGCUCCCAGUUCCUGAGGGAAGAUGCUGAUGAGCCUUUGGACCUCCUUGUAGCCUGGGGCUCUCCAGUGAAGGGCUCACCGGACAUCCAUCCCAAGGGGCAAGCAGCCAGCUGAGACAACCUCUCACAUUCAUGGAAACUUUUACUGCUUCUGGGUGUUUUAUAAACUUCCUUUCAGUGGAAACUCGGUUCCAACACUGAGAUGUGAAUAUUGACACUCUCGGUAACACAUCUCCUGUUUUUCCUGUGAGAUCCACCUGUUCAUCCGGGCCAUUGGGAGAAGGAUUGCAAACCGGUCCAGAGGCGAGGGAUAAAUCCCAGCUCCAAGAGCCGAGUCCAAACUACACCAGCUGGAGUAAACCCACCAGGAGGACUCCUGUCCUGCAGAGAAUAGACAGACCUGCGGACACUCGCCAUCAGCAUCUGGGAUGCAACGUGGUGAGAGAGAGGACCUGACCACAGUCACAGAUGGAAAAUGCAAGGGGCUGAAUGGCAGCGGAAGGCACCGCCUGUUUCUGCUGGGUGAUAGUAUCGAGAAAUACUGAACCAGGGUGGGGAGAUGAGCUUAGAUGCAGCUCACCGUGGUCUGAUCAGUCGACUGUAUGGGGUGGACGCAGGUCUUUGUCCCACUGAGCCUGCACCAUCUAUCAAUUUGCCGUCAGAUUGUCACGCAGAACGAGAAGUUUAAGGCGAGAGGGGAAAGAUUUAAAGAGGGUCUGUGGAUCAACUUUUUUCCACACAGAGGGUGGUGGGUAUGUGAAGUGAGCUGCCAGAGGAAAUGGUAGAGGCGGGUAUAAUUAUGACAUUUAAAAGACAUGGUUAGGAAAGGUUGAGAGCAAUUAUGGGCCAAACAUGGGAAAAGUGGGACUAGUUCAUGUAGACAAUUAAGUCGGCAUGGAUGAGUUGGGCCGAAGGGCCUGUUUCCAUGCUGUGUGACUAGAGGGGCUGAACGGUCCAAGUUCCCCCAGUCUCUGCCAACAUUCCCGCUGAGGCUGUUUGUGAACGGAUCUGUUUUACAGCCUCCCCUGCAAUGGGUGGUUUGGAAUUGUUCGUCAGGGGGAGUAGUAGGUCAGUCAGCCCCUCAAGCCUGGUCCUGGUGUUGAUUCAUACCACUUUCCCACUCUGCAUCUCUCCAUAACCCUCCACCCCCCUGUGGUUCAAAUGCCUGUCGGUCUGCCCUGAAUAUAUCAGUGACUGCACCUCCGCAGAGAAUUCCAAAGAGUCGCCAACCUCUGGGAGAAGAAAUGCCUCCUCAUUUCAGUCUUAAACAAGCAAGGCGAGGGAAGAGCAGUCCAGCAACUGGAGAAAGUCCAUUCCUUCAGUCAAGACUAUGUCUGUGAGUCAACUCUGAUUUAUUCCCAGUUAGGAGAAGGGUGUAUGACACCACACUAAUCUCCACCCUACUGCCACUAAGUAAGAGAGGACUUGGUUAAUAGCAACAGUGUCUCUGCUUCCAGACCAUCCCGAAGGUUAAUUUAUUCCCAUUUAUCCUUUCUUUCAACUGAAUGAAACUUUCUCUGGGUGUCAGAUAUUUAACUCUUGAUGUGUUCCAUUCAUUACUUAUUUUCUUGGCAUGCAGCACUGAGGAAACUGAACAAUUUUCAAGGUUUUCCCAAAGACUUUCCAAACGAUGUACCAGGUGGAUCCUCCCCUUCACAAGCCAACAGCUUUUGUGUGGAAUCAGGUUCCUGUACUGUGUAGCAAUAAUGUUGGAUUGUACCCAUUACACUGUUGUAAUUUAAACUUGCUGUCACCUGCUGCUCACUCAGAGACACACAAGUGCAAAAUAUUGCUGUUGUAGACGGGCAUUAGCAGGGCAAUACUUGUCAACAAGCACAUUAACAGAAAUAAAGGACGCUAUUGGUUUGCACAGUGUAAGUAAUAUUUGCCAACAUGCAAGGACGAGUUAGUACUGAACGACAUGUGGUGAGAAGGAAGCAGGACUUACAUUUUUGUAGUGUCUUUCACAGCCACAGGAUGUCCCAGACAGCUUUGCAACCCACGAUGCAGACUUAAAGCGCGGUCACUGUUAUAAACACAGCGAUCAGUUUUGGCACAACACGAUCUCCCAAACAGCCAUGCAAUGGUAGCCAGGAAACCAGUUUGAGCACUUCUGAAAUGACAUCCUUUUUCAGGAAAUGCAGCUUCCCCUCUGCCAUAGUCGAUGGAACCCUCUCAUAGAUCUCCAUUUCCCGCAGGUCUGUUCUCACCA